AAAAUGUCAAAGACGAAGACGAGAAUCCCGGUGGAUGUACCGUCAUGCAGCGCGCUAGGUUCUUCCAGAGAACAGAGAUGGCGGCCGGUUAGAGCUACACGUAAACACAGCAUUUCCAUUAAGCCGGACUCCCCGAAACGCUGAGGGGCAGCCAGCCUCACGCACCGCCGCGGUGACACCGCAGCAGUCACACGGAAGGUCCCCGGCGGACUCUUCGUUCAACCUGAGCAAAUUUACAAACCCUACUUCCAAACAAAAACAUUAAAACAUGGACGAACACCCUGGAGGAGGUGCAGGAGGAGGAGCGGCCGCCCCGCGACAGCCGCCUUCACCGCAGCAGCACCAGCAGGGCAGCAGCAGCGGCGGUCCCCCCAUCGGAGCAGUCAUGGUCCCGCAGCAGAACGAAGACUUGCCCCGGCCACAUCAGCAGUACACUAUUCCCGGGAUCUUGCACUACAUCCAACACGAGUGGGCCCGGUUCGAGAUCGAGAGGGCACACUGGGAAGUGGAGAGGGCCGAACUCCAGGCCAGGAUAGCGUUCCUGCAGGGGGAGAGGAAGGGCCAGGAGAACCUGAAGAACGACCUGGUUAGGAGAAUCAAAAUGUUAGAAUACGCUUUAAAGCAGGAAAGAGCAAAAUACCACAAGUUAAAAUAUGGAACAGAGUUAAACCAAGGAGACAUGAAGAUGCCAAUCUUUGAGUCAGACACCAAAGAGUCGGAGGUCUCUGCUGUCCCUGCCAACAGUCAGCUAAUGUGGAAACAAGGCCGGCAGCUCCUCAGACAGUACCUUCAAGAAGUGGGAUACACAGACACCAUUUUGGAUGUUCGCACUCAGAGGGUUCGCUCUCUGCUCGGCCUGUCGGGUUCUGAGCAGAACGGAUCGAUGGAGAAUAAGAACUUGCAGCACCUGAUCAAUGGAACGGAGCGCUGCAAAGAUCCCAAGAGGAUUCCAAAUGACAAUCUGGAGACGUUCAACUUCCUGGAAAACGCAGAGGACAGCGAUGAGGAGGAGGACGAGGAAGGAGACCUGAUGGAUGACAUCAGCUCUGACAAACAACACAGACCUAAGAAACACAAGCCUAACAUAGGGAACGAGGGCCUGGCAUCAGAGGACGACGCAGACACAGAGGAAGCCCUGAAGGAGUUUGACUUCUUGGUGACAGCAGAGGACGGAGAGGGAGCCGGAGAAGCUCGCAGCUCUGGAGACGGGACAGAGUGGGCGGAACCGCUACCGUUCCCCUCCGGCGGGGGGAAGUCCUUCCUGCUGGGAGGGCCGGACGACGUGCUGGAAAGCGUGUUGGGUUUGGGGGACCUGGCAGACCUCACCGUCACCAACGACGAGACGGACUUUGGCUAUGAUCUGUCGUCCAGUAAAGAGUCUGCGUUCAGGAAGACGUGGAACCCUAAGUACACAUUGCGCAGCCACUUCGAUGGCGUCCGGGCGCUGGCAUUCCACCCCGUGGAGCCCUGCCUGGUCACCGUGUCUGAAGACCACACCUUGAAGCUGUGGAACCUCACCAAGACCGUCCCAGCCAAAAAAAGUGCCUCUUUUGAUGUGGAGCCCAUCUACACAUUCAGGGGUCACAUCGGCCCGGUUCUGUCCUUGGCCAUGACCUCCAGCGGUGAGCAGUGUUUCAGUGGAGGCAUCGACUCCACCAUCCAGUGGUGGAACAUCCCCAGCUCUAACGUCGACCCAUAUGACACCUACGAUUGCAGCGUCCUGGCGGGGUCGCUGCUGGGUCACGCCGACGCCGUGUGGGGAUUGGCUUACAGCGGCAUCAAGAACCGCCUCCUGUCCUGUUCCGCUGACGGAACCGUCAAGCUGUGGAACACUGUGGAGAAAGACCCGUGCAUCAGCACUUUCAACACAAACCAUGAGCACGGAAUCCCCACAGCCGUAGACUUCAACGGUUGUGACCCCGCCCACAUGGUGGCAUCCUUUAACAACGGAGACGUGGCGAUAUACGACCUGGAAACGUCCCAGACUGCGCUGGUGCUGAAGGGUCAAGGAGACAGCACCGUCCCGGGUUUGAAUCACAUCAAUAAAGUGGUGAGUCACCCCACGCUGCCCGUCACCAUCACAGCUCACGAGGAUCGCCACAUCAAGUUCUUCGAUAACAAGUCAGGUAAAAUGAUCCACGCCAUGGUGGCCCAUCUGGACGCAGUGACCAGUCUGGCCGUGGAUCCUAACGGGAUCUACUUGAUCUCUGGCAAAAUAUUGUUACUGGAGCGGAGGAGCUGUCCUGUCGGCCAUGCCAGCGCUCACAGAUUAACCGUCGCUCGGUGACUAACUUCACUGCCACAGAUUAAAGAGCAGAAGUCACACGGAUGAAAGGAGAACGGUUCAGAUGAAACACACUGGAUGGAUGGUUUAAUAAGAACCUAAAUGUUAUUGAAAUCAGGUAUGUAAAGAACAGACACAGGUCAGCACCAUGUUAUACUGUUAGACAGCAGCUGCUCUCACACCGGUGUUAUGACACCUCUGGUCCUGAUGGGAAGAAUUACCGGCCGAUUACAGCAGCAGAGCCAGAAAUAAUCUGUUCUUGUAGUUCAGAAAGGGAAAUCAGAUAAAAUGAGUGUCAAGUCAAAGCUUUAGAAACUGGCCACUAAAUCCAGAUUCUCCCUCUGAAGCUGGAAAAAUAACAGUACAAAAAUCUAUCAGCCUGACCUAAAAUACCUGAUCUGAUUAUUUAAAUGACAUUUCUUCUGACUUUUUACAUCAAAAAUGUCUGAAAUAUGGAUCCAAACUGUAAACUCAAUGUCUAAAUCAGGGGUGUCCAACGAGUGGCCCGGGGGCCAUUUGUGGCCCUUGGACUGAUUUUUGUGUGGACUCAGCUUCUUUUUGUUUUGUUUUUAAAUCAGGAGAAAAUUGUAAACAUCAUUUUCUUACAAUGGAAAAUGUAAAGUGCAAAAUAAAAUAUUCAUUUUUACAACCAAGCUUGUAUAAUAAGCAGAACCACAUUUAUCCAGAAACUUUUACUUCAUGCUGAACCCAAAUCAUCUUUAUUUAUGAAACUUGGUUAAAUAUUGACAAGUGUUUUGAAAGGGACACAAAUCCUGUUCCCAUUACAGAGAAUCAAUUGUUCGAUAAAUUUGUCCAAAGCCCAAAGAAUUGGAACGCUGGUGUCAUAAUAUAGCAAACGUGUAAAUCCUUUAAGUUUUGGAUCUAUGGUGAAGAACAUCUUUUUUCUUGGGGGGGAAAAAAAAUCUGACCACUUUAUUUGUUGGAUUGUAGUAUUUAUUUAUUUUGUAUGUCUUGGCCUGUGAUUACGUUUGAGAGAAGGUUUGGACGCCCCUGGUCUGAACCACUGAGUUUUUAUUUCUGGUGUCGCUGAUCCAACUGAAGUUGUUUUCCAGUGACGAGACGUUUAGUGACCCGCUCAGCCUGAACCCAGCUGUUCUUCGGGGCCGACCGACUCCUCAUCCUCACGUCACCUCUGUCAGUGUUUGGCUCCUGUGUGUGUUUCUGCAGAUGUUACUGACCUCGCACACACAGACACACACAUCUAGAGUGUGUUUUUAGCAGAAAGCAGCCCAUUGGAGCUCCUAGAAAAAGUGGUCUUUGGUAGCCACCUUUUAGAAUGUGACUUCAUUGUUGUGCUUUGUUCUGAUGCACAGUUUUAGUUUGACGUUUUGUUUGUUUGAAGAGUUCCUAACCUGAGUGGCUUCUGGUUGAUCACAAGUCCAAAUAAAUGCUUUUGUUUUAAA